CGCUUCGAUCCCCCUCUUUCCAGGUCGGACACACUUAGAUAACCUUGGUAGUGAGACGGCACUUACCUUUGCGUAUGCAUUUGCGUGCUUUACAUUUUUAGAUGAGACCGACCUCGGAGCACCGGCAGCGUUGAAACCAGAAGUGAGUGCGGGUAAGAAUCGUUUCCAGACGCAACCGACAUUGAGUAGUUGAUCUCUCAGUCGGAGCAGAAUAUCUCUCAUGGUCAAGCCAUAGAACGCAAUGACCGGUCGAUGCUCAAGUUGGCUCGAGACGCUUUCGACCCUGUUAUGCUGAGUGAAGGAGAGAAGGCGCCGAGGUUUGCCCCCUACACACCCCUUCUAAACAUGAUACCCGUAGCCACCCAACAGCCCGUGAAGAUGAAGACCCGUCGUAGCAUCGCGGCUCCUCCCAUCUCGUUCUCGGACGCUACCGGACGCCUCGACCGAUCCGUUCUGGACAGCAUUAUUUGGACAAGGAUCGCGCAAUCCAAACCCGACGCGAUAGUAUGCGUGUACGAAACCGAAGGAGGAACCUGCUCGGACACAAGCUGUGAACACAUACACCUUUCGCGGGACAUCAUCCCGACUCAUGAGGAUCUCCUUCAAUUGGUCAGCAUCGUUGUUCCGGCAUCAUCUCCUGCUCAUCCGACGCUUCAAACGGCUGCCUCGAGCAUCUUCGUGGGGCCGAACGUGAAAUCCAAGAAGGUAGCUUCGGUAAAGAAGAGAAAGGGUACUUCCACCAUCAAGCAGAAGAAGAUCAAGGCCAGCAGUAAACCGGGCGAGACGGCUACCGAGAACGAUGUAGCUGGUUCAUCGAGCACACCAGCGUCCGACCCUGCUUCUGCAAGUGCUCGGACGGUAGCGGUGGAAGAUUUCCUGCAGGACGUGCAGCGAGCGAUCUCUGUCGCCGCAGAAGCAGCCUAACUUUACUUGAUACUUUGCAGCCGAGCCGAACCGCUUGGCGAACGAGAAGAAACUCAACACGACGGCCCACGCAACAUGAUGAGAUGGGGACACGAGGUAUAGUAUUAUGAACCGACUCCGAUUUUUUACGACAAGCCCCAUGAACAAUUCUGGUCUCCGAAAUACACGACCGACGAUGGCCACCGACAAGAACCAAUAUAGACUUAGUCCCGAGCGGAUAGCUCCGUCGACAGCUGGUCAACGAUAACACGAUGACGAGCCGUUAAUGGUUGCCGGUUCUCCUCUAUCGAAUCUUCGGAGAUCACGUGGGGAAGACACGAUUCUGUUUCCCGACCCGUGGACUGGUAUUCUGGGCUCUAUUUGUAGAGAGACACGUUUCUGUGGAGUGUAUACUGUUUUAUUGCAUGUCACAUGCCGUUCCA